UGUAGUCUGUAUAAACAUUUUCUUAUUUUGGAAUAACUGUGGUUUCCGGGGCGUUUCCCACUGUCUGUCAGCAGUUUUGAUAGGUUCAAAUCGCGUUCUGUAAUGUAGCCAUUGGCUCUGGCUACUGAUCUUUCCUUGACAUGCAAGCCAACAACAGGGCACAUAGCUAGCUAGUGCAAAGAACCACUGAAAGUAUGGAUUCCACUCCGACUAUCGGAGAGUUGUUCCAUACCCUGUGUGAGAUGGGCUUCAGUGAGGAGCAGAUCCAGUCUGCCGUGCAGGCAGGACACUUCUCUGUGCCUGAUGCAGCUGAGUGGCUUUUACAAGGUGAAAAUCUGAGGCACAAGCUGGUCAAAAAUCCACCCCAGCCAGUUUCAACGGCAUUUGCUGCAUUCAACCCUCCCAAAGAUGCAGGGAGCUCUUGCCCCCCAAGCACAUCACACUCACAGACAUCGCCCAAUGACAGUAGAGGCCCCUCUUUAGUCCUGGGACCCCCGCAACCCACCAGCCCAUCCACAGACACCCCACCGUUGGAGUCCCGUAUCAGGCAGGACAAGAGUGACUUCCAGGAGCAGCAGAGGAUGCGUGUGGCCAACGAGGCCAGGAACGAGAGGAGGCAGAAGAAACAGGAGCGUGAGCUGGUGCUGAAGCGUAUUGCUGAGGACCGGAGGAGUUUACAGGAGAAGAAGACCCAGCCGAGCGCCCCCACUGAGACCACGUCCCCCCCUGGCAGCAGCCAAGGCCAGAGGCUGGGGGGUACGGUCCAGACUAGUAUAGACAACAACUGCAUCCUCAUGAUCCGGCUACCCUCUGGGGAGUCCAUGCGGGAGCGCUUCCCUGCUGACGCCCCUCUGCGCAGCGUGAUGGAGCACAUCUCCGGGCGCUACCCUUCCCUGGCCUCCUUUUCCCUCCUCCAGGGGUUCCCACGGAAACGCUUUGGGGAGGCGGAGCUGGCUUGCUCCCUGCGCUCCCUGGGCCUCACACCCAACGCCGCCCUCUGUAUCCAGACAACGCCCCCAGAGACACCCCAGGAUCCGGCCAGCCCAGCUGAUCGCCUCUUAUUGGGUCAGGAGGAGGUGGUAGUUGCACUCCCUGCGCUUCCCCAGCCACAGCCACAGCAGCCCCAGAUACCAGAGCUGGAGGAGGAAGGGAUGGAAGAUCCUGCUCUGCCCCCACCUCUGCCUCACCAGCUGUGGGAAGAAGCAGUGGGCUACGCAGGCAUCCCUGGUGCUGGCCCCCCAAUGACCGGACCUUCUCACUCCUGGGGACGGGGCCAGAAGCUGAAUCCUGGUGAUGCAGAGGAGGCUGCCAGCUCAGACGAUGAAGAGAUGCCAGAGGGGGGUAGAGAGCCGCACUUCCUCCUCAAUGCAGGUAUGCCCCGAUUACCCUUCUUCCCAGAGAACCGGCUGCGUGGAGGGCUGGAGCCCAGACACCACUGGCCAGACCAGGGCAACAGACUUAGGGAGGGGGUGGCAGAGGACCCAGCAGUGGAGCCAGAAGAGGCUGCAGGUUGUGUGGUGCCGGGGGCAGCGGGCCAGGCUGCAGUAGAGCGCCUCCAGAGAGCUGCCCAGGAUGACCCCCAGGCCACUCAGGGUCACCCAUCCCCACCCAAGAAACCUUUCAGGACACCCAGCGUCCCCUCUCUCUGUGCAAUGGCCACCCGGGCCACAGUCAACCUCAUGACAGCUCCCAGCAUGCAGUACAGCAGCAGUCUGUCGUGUCUGACCCCUGAACUGGCCGAGCUCCUGCUCAGUCACAUGUCCCGCGAGAGGCUCCUUCGCCCGCGCACCCUGGAACUCUUUUUUGGCUGCCCGAUGCAGAAGUUUGUCCUCAACUGCUACCCGUACUCCACCAACGAGCUGCUCCGGCAGCUACGGGCCUUCACUGCACUGAAGCACCUGAGCCUGGUCAACUCUCCUCUCAUCACAGACACAGGCCUCUCUGUGCUGUGCAGCCUACUGAAACUGCAGCACCUGAACCUGGCCUCAUGUAGCAAGCUAACAGACUCCUGUCUGCAACACAUCACAGGCUUGAAGAGCCUGUCUUUCCUGUCGCUAGACCAGACCAAAGUAAGCGAUGUAGGGAUGGUGCUGUACCUGCAGUCUGCUCCUUCGACACUCACCCAGCUUAGUCUGAACCAGACCUCUAUCACGGAGGCCACCCUGGCAGCGCUGCCCGCCUGUGUGCCCCAGCUACGACUGCUCAGCAUCAAACACACUAAGGUGAGUGACGUGUCGGCCCUGGCUGAGCUUCCCAGCCUGCAGACCCUCUACCUGGACGGCACGGCGGUGAGGGAGGGCUCUCUGGAGCACCUGGCCACCCACUCCGCCCUCUCUGCCCUCAGCGUGGCUGGCAUCUCCGUCGCUGAUGGCAACAACAUUCUCCAGAUCAUCUCAGGUCUCCGGCUGACCCAGCUGACCCUGCCUGGACGCCACUCGGUGACGGACGCCGGCCUGGCCUUCCUCUCCAGACUGUCCCUGCUGUCCGAGCUGGACCUAACUGACUACACAUACGUCACCGACCAGGGGGUCACCCAGCUGGCUACCAUGACCAGGCUGAAAAGGCUGUCACUCAGCAACACGCAGGUGACGGACGCCGGGCUGCCCUCCCUGCGCUGUCUGCAGGAGCUGCUGGAGCUGUGUCUGGACCGCACGGCCGUCACCAGCCGAGGAGUGGCCGCCCUCGUCACCAGUCUGCCACACCUGCAGGUAUUAAGCUUGGCCAGUACUCAGGUGGGCGACACGGUCGUGAGGAGAGGUCUGGUCCACUGUGUUCAGCUCUUCAAGCUCAACCUGAGCCGGACACGCAUCACUGACCACGGACUGAAGUUCCUGAAGUGCAUGUGUCUGACCCAGGUGAACCUGGACGGCUCGGGCGUGACCCUAUCGGGCAUCGCCAAUCUGAUUGCCUCCUGUCCCCACAUCACCAGCAUCAGGGCCAGCAACCCGCGAGCCAUCCCCCCUGACCAGGUCUCCGACGACAACGACGGUGACAAUCAGUAGGGGGAUGAGUAGUGACCCCGCCCAGCCCUUUCUGAUGAGGCUUGGGUCAGCUAGCUAGUAGCUUCCGCUGUGCUCUGCGGUAUCAGCCCCAUGUUUCUGCAUCCAGCUGACAGGUUCAGCGUAGUCUAGGUGAAGAGAAACCCAGCUCUAACUGCACUGCUUCAACAGCGGCUAGUGACACUACUCGCUCAAUCACAAGUCCACCAUACUAGCUGUCAACCUUAGAAGGGUGCCUUCUUGUGCUUCUAAAGGUCUUGAUGGGAGCCCUGCUCCCUGUAGUUAAUCACAACCACCAUUAAAGUUAUUACGAUGAAGUCUCACAUAAGUGUGCUAUGUUGAUUCCGGUGUAGGGUUCAGUUGUCCCUAAACGCAGAUUUUGGGUCAGUUUUGCAUUUCUCCCGCUAAUGGUUGAGUGUAGGAUUGGGGAGGGAUAGCUGAUCCUUGAUCUGUACCUUAAGGGAAACUUCACUCAAGAAUGUAGAUCCCCCUGGGCCUGGCAGAGGUAUAGUAGUAUGCAUGAUGUCCAAUCUACAUAAAGCAAAGGAACUAUGGUUAAGAAUUGAUCAGGGAUAUAACCUUCAUAUAUCACAGCAUGUUUUCACCCAGAUUUUUCCGCCUGAAUUCUCUAAUGAAUCAGUUAACACUACUGAGGUCCAACAUUUACUUAUUUCCUGUAUUGUCAAAAAAACAAAUGUUGGGUGGUUCAAGCUAAGGCAGGUUCUAUCUACAGUUGAAGUAGGAAGCUUACAUACGCCUUAGCCAACUACAUUUAAACUCAGUUUUUCACAAUUCCUGACAUUUAAUCCUAGUAGAAAUUCCCUGUUUUAGGUCAGUUAGGAUCACUACUUUAUUUUAAGAAUGUGAAAUAUCAGAAUAAUAGUAGAGGGAUUUAUUUCAUCAAUUAGUAUUUGGUAGCAUUGCCUUAAACCAUUUAAAUUUAAGGUCAAACUCGUUUCGGGUAAACUUCCACAAGCUUCACACAAAGUUGGGUGAAUUUUGGCCCAUUCCUCCUGACAGAGCUGGGGUAACGGAGUCAGGUUUGUAGGCCUCCUUGCUCGCCCACAGAUUUUCUAUAGGAUUGAGUUUA